AUGUCCUCAAUGUUCGACGCAAUCACAUCCCUACUCCGUCUGUCCAUAUCAAUCUCGAUAAACUGGAAGUCCGUAUUAGCGCAGGUCGUGAGCCUCAUUGCUGUUUUAGCAGCUUGGUCGUUCGCAUCCUCGUUGGAAGAAUGGUCGGAGGGCAUACCUCUGAUGGAAUGCAGGGCGUGGAGUAGAUUUGUCUGGUUAGCGUUUGAGCUUGCUGUCUCUGCGCUCCGGGCGAGCCUGCUUCCUCUGGCUUUGUGUCCCAUUGGCUGGUGCAACAGACCCUUCAAGUCCAUACUGCUGAGGGUCGAGGCGUGGUGCGACGCGCUCCGUCCCAGUGUAAUGGCCGGUCUGUGCCCGCGCGACUUCUGGAACAAGACGAGAUAUUCAAUGCAUGAUAGCUCCAUCCACUUAAACUCCCAUAAGGGCGGCUGUAUGCAAGACUUUCAAGUCGUCAACAUCGACACCCUCUGUGCCUGCUUCCAUGCGCUCACUCGAACCGUGCAGACCCUGGAGAACCGUAUUUACCUCCUGGAACAGCAGCUCGCGCAGGCGCGUGUAAUGGACCAUGUCAUCACGGGUGAGAAACUGUUGGCAAGGUACAAAGUCUCUCGUAUGGAGCAAGAGAAGCGAGCACAAACGGCAAUCGCGAAACGCGCAAGCGCCAGUGCAGUGUGUCGUUCGCAGGCUAUUCGGAAGCUUCUGGCCUGUGUAUUGCUCCUUUGGUGGCGACGAUGUCAGCUUAGCUCGCGGCUCGCUUGGACGACGAAAGAACUCUAUUCUGCUCAGGAUAGCUUGGCAACUUUGACUUGUCGGCAUGCCCGACAGAUUGAUGAGUGCAAGAGACAUUCGGCGGAGGUCAAAGCUCUCCACUCUGCUCUGCAGGACGUGAGAAGCAAGCAUACGGAAUGGAUCGCAGUUUGCCGACAAAUCCUUGCCAUCCGCUUCCAAGAAGUCGACGCGUACUUGCUCACUCGGACAUGGUACCGCCAAUACUUUUAUCGUCUUGUGCUUCUCUGGGCUGCUCUCUGGCGCUUCGCGAUGCGUUUUCGGCGAGAGGCGAUCAUGGAGCGCGCACAGGCGGAUGCAGCACGACGAGAUGAAGCGAUGCUCUUCCUUCGCUUCAGGACCCGCUAUCGGACGUCCACUCGGCAGCUUUUGACAUGUGUGCUUGUGCUUUGGAGGCUCUCCCGGUACUUGGGUCUGCAGCUGGCUCGGAAUCAUAUCGGCAUGCUGGUCCACUUGGUGUCUGGCGAACCUCUAGUGCACGAAGAUCCGAGUCUGAGUAUGGAGCGACUACUAGCCAUCCGAGUCGCCCGCAUGCACUCUGCCAACUCUGUGGUAACUGCUCAGCGAGACCGUUUCUGUAAGGCGCUCUGCCAAGCUGAGCAGAAUGUGAGAGACCUCGAAGAGGAUCAGAGAAAUACCGCCGUAGCUCUCGCUCUGCUGUAUAUGUCAACGAUUGGCGGGAAUACGAUGCGAGUCGUGCGACAGGAGGAUGUCUCUCCUGUCUCCCGGGCGGCUCUAGCACCGGCACCUUCGGGAGGAAACCCGCAUGAUACACUGGAGAUGGAGAAGGCCUCUCGCGGGGAACUGACCGAAAAGGAGAAAGCUCUAAUCGAGAAGCGGCUGAAGGAAGUCCUGAAGCUGUUCACAGAGACGGAAACGGAGGAAGUGAUCUUCUCGCCGUUUGCACCUGACGAUGAAGACGAAGAUGGCAAUGAUACUUCUCGCAGUCCUCGGCGGCCUCUGACGUUACUAUCAAACACGUUGCAGGACAAUGAGUUCAGGUCACCGCUGCUGGGUCCGGGAUCCCCGCUGCCUAGUCCAGGUUCACCCGAUGUGCCUCUUGCAGAAUUGGUCAAGGAACGUCUCCAAAGGUAUCAGCUACGGAACAGCCUGCUGCCUGCUAUGCCUCGUGGCGCGCAGCUCAACGCAGAGAAGCUGUUGUCGAUCUUAUCGCCUCAUGGCAUAAGCCUGACACCGUCUUCGAGUAUGGAUACCUUGAGAGACAUUACGAACCACUCCGACGCGGUGUUGUCUGACAGCCCCGGGACCCAUUACGCCAAUCUCUCGCGGUCUGCGUUCUCAGUGCCCCCGUUCGUGCCGAGCUUCCCGGUCUCUGGAGACGAGGCGCACCUUCGAGGGUCGGAGACGUACCCAGACUUUCCGGUGUGCGAAGAAGAGGAGGAUGCGGAGGAGUUCGAAGACUUCGCGGAGAUACUCGAAGACCUGCCAGAGGAGGCGGUGCCCUUUGCCCCGAGUGCAGCGUACUACUGCGAUCACACGAAACAAUUUGCCUCUGACGACGACAGUGAUGAAGACCAUAGCUCGGUGAAAGCGAAGACGUCCUUCGCUCCUCCAUCUGCCGCACCUGCGACACAACUCGUCAGUCAGUCAAGACCUUCGCCAAUCGGUGUCAUCCGCAGGAUGUAA